AUGAUCACGCCCUCCAACUUCGUCCUGAAGAUAUGUUUUCAUAUUAAAGAUAAUAAAGUCAAUAUGAAGUUGUUCCUAACUAUCGUAUUUUUGUUGCCGGUCGCAGUUUUCCGAGCUUCUGCGGAAGGCGACACGACAGUAGCACCAUCAUGUGCUGACAUUUUGAGUGAUUGUCACACCUACGGUAAAGUUGCUUGCCAUCACCCUUUCCAAAGCUGGGCCGAAAAAAACUGUGCUAAAUAUUGUAAUUUCUGUGGUGAAAACGCAUGCGUGGAUAAAUUGAGUGACUGUGAGACGUACGGAACAGGUUCCUGUAAAUCUCCUUAUAUCUCCUGGGCUACCAAGAACUGUGCUAGGUACUGCGGUAUAUGUGGAACUAUAGACGUGCCAACACGUCCACCAGUAGCUCCUUCUGUCGCUGGAUGUCACGAUGAGGAGGCGGACUGCAGUUCAUAUGGCAAGGAUGUAUGUACUGGAUACAAACCCUGGGCUCGGCAGCACUGUGCCGCAUAUUGUGGCUUUUGUAAUGUAACAUCACCUAAGCCUACCAUACCUGUGUUUUUUUUCAACGGUACCUUCCCUCCAGGCUCCAACGGUACCUUUAACAGGUGUUUUUAUAAAGGAAACUUUUACCAAACAAACGACACCUGGCGUGACGGUUGUGAUUUCAACUGUACCUGUACAGACGAUACCAAGGGUAGAUACAUAUGUUCGACUCUGUGUUAUACAUGGACUCUGCCAACAAUCUGCCAUCUGGAAACGCCACCUGGAAAAUGUUGUCCUAAACCUGUGUGUCCUUCCAAUUUCGUAUUACAUUACCCACCUGGCUAUGUGGAUCAUGACGUCUGA